CGUGACGCAUUUAAAACUCUCCCUGAGGUGGGGGAGGGAGAUUGGCUUUUCUGUCUACGCUCGGCGUCGCUGUGAGCUGUUGCUAGCUGGGCCGAGACCGGGGGGGGGAGUUGGCCGAGUGACUGAAAGGAGCGAGAGGGAGGGAGCAGUUGCUCCUGUUCCAAGAUGGCGGACGGGGAGACGCCACUCCUCCAGUCCUGGAGCGGCGGCCGCAAUACCAGCGACAGCGCUGCGGUAGCCACCACAGAGAGCCCAGAGCCAGCUCUUAAGCGUCAACGCCGGGGCUCAGCUGACAGCGCCGGCCCAGCCUCUGUGGCCGCGAAGAACACCAGCGGAGAGACAGAGGUGGCUCCGCAGAUAGAAAGCGCCGCCGCGGAGGCCCCGAAGAUGGAAAAGGAGGUCUCUGCCUCCGCCGCCGGUGCCGAGCUGGGAGAGGCCACAGUAACAGUGGGAGGAGGGGAAGGAUGGAGCUGUGCGGACAGUGGGUUUAGGCGGUGGGGCCUGGCCCGAGAGGAGACGCCACCGCACCAACUAUUGCAGCCGCCGCCGAGGCGGUGGCCGAGCCAAGGGGAGGGAGCGGAGGUGGCGCCUGCCGGAGGCGCAGCGGAGAUGGCUAUUGGCUGCGGGCCGGCGCAGUGUUCGAACGGCGCUGUUGAGGCGGAGGUGGCCACGCACUCUGAUAAUAUGGUUUUUAGUGAUGAAAUAAUUGCAAAUGGCUUCCAUUCCUGUGAGAGCGAUGAAGAUGAUAGAGCCUCUCAUGCAAGCUCUAGUGACUGGACUCCAAGGCCGCGUAUAGGUCCAUACACUUUUGUCCAACAACAUCUCAUGAUAGGCACAGAUCCACGUGCCAUUCUGAAAGACUUGUUGCCAGAAACCAUUCCUCCUCCUGAACUGGAUGACAUGACAUUAUGGCAAAUUGUUAUUAAUAUUCUGUCAGAGCCACCUAAAAGGAAAAAAAGGAAAGAUAUUAAUACUAUAGAUGAUGCUGUGAAACUCCUACAAGAGUGUAAAAAAAUAAUUGUCUUAACUGGAGCUGGGGUAUCUGUUUCAUGUGGAAUUCCUGACUUCCGAUCAAGAGAUGGUAUCUAUGCACGCCUUGCAGUAGAUUUCCCAGAUCUUCCUGAUCCUCAAGCAAUGUUUGACAUUGAAUACUUCAGAAAAGAUCCAAGGCCAUUUUUCAAAUUUGCAAAGGAAAUAUAUCCUGGCCAGUUUCAACCAUCUCUCUGUCAUAAAUUUAUAGCUUUGAUGGAUAAAGAAAAAAAAUUGCUUCGGAAUUAUACUCAGAACAUAGAUACGCUGGAACAAGUGGCAGGAAUUCAAAGGAUAAUACAGUGUCAUGGUUCCUUCGCAACAGCUUCUUGCCUCAUCUGUAAAUACAAGGUUGAUUGUGAAGUUGUUCGAGGAGACAUUUUUAAUCAGGUUGUUCCUAGAUGUCCCAGGUGUUCACCUGAUGAACCACUUGCUAUUAUGAAGCCGGAAAUAGUGUUCUUUGGUGAAAAUCUACCUGAGCAGUUUCAUAGGGCCAUGAAAUAUGACAAAGAUGAGGUUGAUCUCCUUAUUGUAAUUGGGUCUUCACUUAAAGUAAGACCAGUUGCAUUAAUUCCAAGUUCCAUACCACAUGAAGUGCCUCAGAUUCUAAUUAAUAGGGAACCAUUGCCUCAUCUACACUUCGAUGUGGAGCUUCUUGGUGACUGUGAUGUCAUUAUCAAUGAAUUAUGUCAUAGAUUAGGUGGUGAAUAUACAAAACUUUGUAACAAUUUAGUAAAACUUUCAGAAAUAACAGAGAAACCUGCACGGCCGCACAAAGAAUUGGAAGUAUAUUCAGCUGAGUUACCACCUACUCCUCUAAACAUUUCUGAAUAUUCUAGUUCACCUGACAGAAUUGCACCACAAGAUUCUCAGGUGGUACAUUCCGAACAAUCUUUUGAAUAUAAAGCAGGAAAUUCCGAUGCUUCCUUGGACUCUAAAGAGAACUGUGUAGACGAAAAAUUGCAGGAAGCACAAAACUCUUUAGAAAAUACUGAAAGUCUUCCUGACCAUUUGGAAAACCCAGAACAUGUGAAGGAAAAUGGAUCUAACCAAGGGGAAAACAGAGAGAGAAAUGAAAAAACAUGUUUUGAAACAUUGAGAAAAUGUUGGGUUAAUAGAUGUGCAAAAGAGCAGAUUAGCAAGCGGCUGGAUGGUACCCAAUACCUGUUUUUACCACCAAAUCGAUAUAUUUUCCAUGGUGCUGAGGUAUACUCGGACUCCGAAGAUGAUGUCAUAUCCUCUAGCUCUUGUGGAAGUAGCAGUGAUAGUGGGUCCUGUCAUAGUCCAAGCUUAGACAUAGAAGAUGAAAGUGAAAUUGAAGAAUUUUAUAAUGGUAUAGAAGAAGAUCCUCCUGACAGAGAAGAGGAGAAUGGAUAUGGAGAAGAUGGAAUUAACCUUCAAGAAUCUGAGUCUGUUUCUGUGAAUGAGGCUGUAGGAUUUGACCAUUCAACAGACAAACUAUAAAGUAAUUAUUGACUGGUUUCAGGAACUUUUCCACCAGCAUUAGCAGUUUUGGCAUGUUGGAAUGAAUGUGUACUGAAUUUAGAGCAAGAAAAAUAUAAGGAUGUAAUGUUUAUAAACAACUAGAGUAGAUUUUCAUGCAUAGUUUUCUAACUUUUCCAAUCAAAUUCUAUAAAGGCACACUCAACACUAAUCUUUUUGAAUUUUGAAGAAGGUACUAAGUAUCCUUUUGUCACCCAUUCACUUUUAUUAAGUUUAAUCUGUGUAUGUAUAUACAGUAUUUUUGCUUAACAAAUUUCAGCCUAUUUUAUUUUUGAACCGUUUGAAAAAGCCAUUGGAAUGUUAAUAUAAUAUAAAGGGAACAGCUAAUCUAGACCAAAGAAUGGUAUUUUCACACCUCUUGCUUUGUAACACUUUGAUUUAUUUAAAGCCUGCUGGUGUUUUUCUCCUAACUCUGUUACUCCAUAAUCUGUUUGUUAAACACACGUAUUUCCCUAAAAGUUACUGUGGCAGCUAUUUUUCUUAACAUUAGCUUUCAUGUUGAAAUGCAUGUGAGCAUAGGCAUCAUAAUGAACACCUGAAAAUCCCCAACUACUUAGAUUACUAGAAAGUGCUAUUACAAAACAAAGGCAAAGAACUUUUUGUGGAUGUGUAAUAGUGUCUAUUGGCUGACAAAAUUAUAGCAAAAAAGUGUUCAGUUAAAUAACUCAUUAAAUUUGUUUGACAAACAAUGGAUAGGUGGUACAGGAAAUCAGUAUAUGAAGCAACCUUUGGGUAUGCUGCCAAAAUGUGAAUAUGUAAAUGUAAUGAAGAUGUAUAUAAUCAGGAUAUGGGAGCAGUAUUUAUCCAACUACAAAAGUGCUUACACAAAUACAAGGAGCAACUUACACAUCUAAUAUAAUACAGAAAGUUCAAUUUAGGCGUAAAUUUAAAAUUUUUUGGAGAACCUAAUGUCACUUGCUGGUACUGUGUUAUACAAAAAGCAGCUACUGAAACUGGUCCAAUAUUGCUCCAAGGCUGCCUUUUAAAAUGGAUGUCAAAAAUACUUCCAACUUUAGAUCGCUUCCAUCUUUAAUAAUUUGUUUCCUAAUUCUGCAUUUAAUAGUAUGUUUUAUGUUUAUUCUUGAAACCACUUUUCAACUGUGUCCCAAGAGAGCUCUGCCAGUUAUUGAUCAUUCAUGUGCAUUGCUUUAGUAUUUAUACCAUUUUGAAAUACGUAUAGUAGCUGUCCUUUUUAAGCAAUUAAUACAUCUGUUCUGUAACAAUAGCAUAACAAAGUGUUAAGAAUGGCCUUUCAUGUUCAUCUGAAAAAUGUUGGCAUGUUUUCUCAUGGUCCCAAGUUCUAAAUAACAGGACUUGCCAGACUACACUAAAGAAUGCAAUAUGUUUAGCUUUGCUUGCAUGUCAAAAUGUAUUUGUGCUAUAGGAGAUAUUUUAAAUGGAAAUAUUUUGUUUUUAAAUUAUUUUUACAGUGUGGAUUAUUUUCUGCUUUUAUAAUGUAUAUAGUGACUUUUAUGUAACCAGCUGGCAAAUGUUUUGUAGAAGACUGUUUUAAAAUGACCUGGCUCUCUUCCUGCAACUUUUGAAAUACAAAACCAGUGUUUUAUACUCGUACAGUCUGUUUUAAGGUCUAUUAAAUUGUUUAACUUGAGGUUGCUGUUAAGAAUGUGUGUGAAAAGCCUCUCACUGCUCUCAUGAAAGAUGAAAUAGAAUACAAUUUGUGGAAAGUAUACUGUAGUGUUUUUUCCCAUCGGCCUUGACCAUUUAGGGUUUCUUGUAAUUAAAACCAAUAUG